AUGAGUGUGCACUCACUAAUUGAUAGGUUCGACCAGCAGUCUUCAGGUGGAGUAGGCACUUUGGCUGCAGCUGCAGCAGCAGCAGCAGCCGAAGAGUCCGUGGCGAAGUCUGGCUCAGGAUCCGAAGAAACUCUUACUACUACACAGCCUAAACCUACCAUUCAACCUCUGGUAUCCGAACCAAUUCUUCCGACGAUUCGAAGUCUGACUUCAUCUCCUAACCGAUCUGAAACUCCAAAGCAAAACCUUGGAUCACUUGGUAGUAUUCUUGGACCAGAAUUGAGUGACGUGCUGUAUUCUGAAGGGGCAUUGAUAGAAGCAAUUCGUCUUCGUAUCGAACAAGAAAAGACUCAACAAGAAGCAUAUAGAAACGAAAUUGCUUCCAAAAACUUGGAUAUUCUUCAAACAGCAUUAAGAGCACAGGUUCCUGUCCAGUUGAUACCGCAAAUGUGUGUUUCUAGUUCACUUAUUGCAGAACAGAAUCAACUACAACAAUUACAGACUAUGUAUGCAUCCUCCGUACAUCCUCAGCAUCAUCAACAACGACUGCUGCUGAUAGCUUCCCAAACAUCUACAUCAUCGUCAUCCCAGGUUGUAAAUCAAAUGCCACCUGGUCAAGCUCAAGCUCAAGCUCAUCAUCUACAACAUGGAUAUCAACAUCAACCUCAGGGUAGUUUUAGUCAAAGUUAUGGCCCACAAUUUGCAUCACAACAAAAGGUUCCUAAUACUGGACUAUUACCCCCUGGUCAUUAUUCUGGAGGAGAAAGGAAUGCAAGAGGUUAUCCUGUGACUUCAUUAGCUCGUCCUGAUACUUUAAGUGCAAGUUCUGUACCUCCAUUAAACUACAGAUUUGGAGGUCCUUCUAUGCCGUCAACCUCUGCAUCUACCAUGUCAUCACCAUCAUAUCUGACUUCACGAAGACCAUUAUCACCUGCUAAGAUUGGAGCUCAAGCAGUGGCGAACUUGAAUAUGCCACCUACCACCCCCUCCAAAAGAUCGGCAUCAAGCCUUUAUCUGCAUCAACGUCAUUAUUCAAUGCCUGUAGAUACUUCUUCUACGGAAUCACCAUUGGGCCAGACACAAUCGAUAACCCCUCAAAGAGGAAAUAAAGCCAGUUCGAGUACGAAGAAGAAUCAACAACAAGGCGGGGUAGGUCCCACAUCUUCAAGUCUAUCGGGUACAACUGCCCGAAUACAAGUAAACCCCUUACCUGCCCAACCUCUUCACAAACAAAAGAAGCUUGGUCAACCUCCGUCUCAAGAAUCUAUGACGUCGUUGUCGCACAUCAUACAGUUUCAUCAUUGGAAACCCGAAAAUCCCGGUAGUAGUAGUGGUAGUAGUAAUAUACCAACAGUAAUGGGAAGUGGAGCAACUCCAAUAAUUUCUACUGGUACUUCUACUUCAACACCUGGUCCUAGUCCCCGUCUUGGUCCCAACAGAAACCAUAAACGUCAUAAACUGGAAAGUAUGUCUAUCGACGUUGGGUCACGUGCCCCAUCUAAAUUGACUACACCUGACGAAAAUACAAGCGACCAUGACUUAACUCUUGAUGAUGACACAGACACUUCAAGAUUGGCUGAACCUCCUACUGAACCUCAAAGUCGUUGA